CCUGAUCCCGCCUAUGCGUUCAUGGACCAUGUGUUUGUAACAUGCCUGGACAUAUCUCUGUUUUUCUGAACUACGACGCGCAUGGCCGCAGCGUGCAGAGGGGAUUCUGCAACAAGUAUGAAGUAGCCUUAUUUGAGAAAACAUCCAUAGGCCUGUUGGGUUACAGUAAAGCCCAUUUUAUUGUCCCCGUAAUAAUGUUUGCAUUUGACCCAUCCUUCAGUACACCUGGGCCAACCUGUUAGGAGCAUUGAGUGACCACAGGUCAUUCUCCAGAACUUGAUCUGGAGAAGGGAAGAAGGAGUACCCACCUGGAGAAUAUGCUCACUGUGCAAGACUAAUUAAAAACACUACAAACAUAGUCCAUAAAAAACACGAAUAAUGAAUAGAAUAGCAUGACAAUGGCAAAAAAAUAUAUUCUCAAAUGAAAUUAGCUUUUUACUAGAAACACAAGCCAGCAAAAAUGUGACACUUGCUUGGUCAUAAGUGCUGUGCUAAGAUAAGUGCCUAGAGUGAGGGUGGAGUUGUUUAUCAUUAAUAAUUAAGGUAUCUCUAAGGGAGCGAUGUGAGGCCUUAAGAUCUUGAGCAUGACAGGUUUGCUCAUGGCUGCUUUACAGCUGAGAGUAGAGCUGCAAAAUAUAUCACAGUCUAAUCAAAGGAGGUUCUACAUGUAUGCCUAUGGCAGAAUGUACAGAAGUUACCAUGGCGACAAAAUGCAUGGAAGAUUUAAGAAACUGAAGAAAAAAUACAAAGUAGAUUUAAACAACCUGUGAUCAGUGACUUGGAGCUACAGCAAGUGGGGGACCUCCUUCACCAUUGCAUACCCAUUGCAGAAAAGCGGAAAACCUGCAACAAGAAGGCUAAGGUGCACUGGCAACAACAACCAGAAGAGGACUGGACUGAAAAGCAGCAGCACAAAGAGGAGGCAGAUCCAGGAAGAGAGUGAGAGGAGACACGUUCAUCACAUACACAUUACGCACUCAUGCACGCUCCGGGAAGCAAGAAGAAUCCUUGGACAUGCUCUACAAGCAGUGGCUGUGGAGAGACUGAUUCCAGUUGUCUUUGUGAAGAAGACACUUUGUCCAGAGAUGAUUCCCCAUGAAGAGACCAGAGCUCCUCUAGUGAGCUUGAGCUGUGCUCCUGCGCCUGUCCACUUGUGUGCACACUAAAGUUAUUCUCUUUUUCAAAGAAACUGGCCUGUGCAUAAAACCAGUGUUAGAGAACACUUUACUUUCAGAGGAGCGUUCUUCAACCUCAACUUCAACUUCUUUGGCACAAUGAAAUCCAACCAGGAGCGGAGUAAUGGAUGCCUGCCGCCAAAGAAGCGUGAGAUCCUGGCCCUGGAGCAGCGUCCCGUCGUCAUGGCAGCAGCGGCACCCCCAGCGGCCGCAGUGGUUGCUGAGAGUUUGCACACGGAGAACCUAGCGUGGUUGGCCAGUGUCGCAAGUGAACGCUGCAAAUCCAGAGAUGCAGAAAGUCCCAAAUGUGUUGUGUCAUCUGCCUCCUCAGCCUCUCCUUCCUCUUCUAUAUCCUCCACUGCUCUGGCUGCGGUCCCUUUAGCCUCCCUGCCUACAGUUUACCCCGCUGCCCUCCCACAACAGGCUGGGGCAAUCCAAUUAGCCCAACUAGCACCCAACGUCCAGUUCAUCAGCUCUGGGCCAUACGCUGGCUACAUCUCUUCACAUAUUAUUACUACCAACGCUAACACAGUGCCAAACAGCUCAGUGGGACAGCAGCAGCGCCCUCAAGUGGACGGCUACACGACCGCCAUCAUCUCUUCAAACACCAAAGCAGAGCACCAGUUUCAGAUGGGUCUCUCCCCCUCAGAGCUUACACCUGUGACCCUGUCCAGUAGCCCACAAGUCCCCAAUCAGUACAUCCAUCUGGACAGCCGUGCCCCGCUAACUGUGAGUGGAAACGCAGUCACUUCACCCACAACACAUCUCCAGCUCCACCCGCACACAGCUGUUCUGCCCCAAACUCUUACCCUUGCCCCCUCUCAGCUUGUCGUCCAGUAUACAGAUGGAAAGAAGCUGGAGGGAAAAGCGAUGCUGAAUGGGGAGAUAGAAGUGGUUAAGCACCCCAAAGCUACUAGUCAGCCAAUAAACCACCAGCCGGUUCAGAGUUAUGAAGCCAGACACAUCCUCUUGCCCGCGGACUAUGGCCAAAACUCAUCAGGACUGCAGACAUCUCUAGUGCUGGUGGCUCAGCCCAACCACGCCACUGAUCAUGAAACAAACAAGAUCUCAAUAGUCCAGACUGACAAGGGCGGAAUUUGUUUAGGAAAACCAGUGGCCAGGACUUCUUCAUUCACUCCCCUCCCGUCCUCCGAUGUGGUGAAAUCUGUUGCUCCACACGCUGUCAUCCAAACUACCCUCCCCCAUGAGGAGAUACCGGCUAACAUUUACUCCAACGCACAACCGCCCAUCAUCGGCUACAUCACCAGCAGCAAUCAGCAUGCCGUAAGCUACCACACAGCUCUGCCCCAGCAUGUGGUCAUCCCGAGCGGACAGUCUCUCCUCAUUCCAGUCAGUGGCGCCAAUAACGGUACAGAGAUGGAGGUUAGCCGUGCCGUAACUGCCCUGACCGCUACCACGACCCCGCAAAUAUCCACCGCCAUGCCCCACGCCUAUCUGGCCACGGCGCUGUCCAAGUGUGAAGCGCUAGCGCCAGAUGGGAACCAAGCUGUGCCUGCUGUGACCCAGGCCCCCGCACUGCCAGCUCCACCUGCUAACCCUACCCCCUCACCCACACCUUCUCCUGCACCCGUGUCCAUCCAGGCCUCUCCCUCCAUCUCCUCUCCCUCUUCGCCUGUGCCCCUCCCUCCCUUUUUCAUGCGAGGGUCCAUCAUUCAGUUGGCGGAUGGGGAGCUGAAGAGAGUAGAGGACUUGAAGACAGAAGACUUCAUUCAAAGCGCAGAAAUCAGCAGUGAGCUUAAGAUCGACUCCAGUACCGUGGAGCGCAUCGACAGCGGACAAACACCCAACGCUGUGGUCAUACAGUUUUCAGUGGGAGAGCUCAAAGCGCAGGUGUGUGUGGAGGUCCUGGUGGAGUACCCUUUCUUUGUAUUCGGACAGGGCUGGUCUUCUUGCUGCCCGGACCGGACCACCCAGCUGUUUGAACUGUCCUGCGCUAAACUGUGUGUGGGCGACGUGUGUGUGUCCCUCACCCUCCGCGGACUCAGGAAUGGGGCACUCCCAGAGGACGGGCCGAUUUUAGGGGCAAAACUCAAGAGCAUGGACCUCCCCGUAUCCUGUCUGAACCCUGAUCCUACAACAAGGAACAGUCCUGGGCAUGAUGUAAGGGAGGAAGUGGUUCAAAAUGAUACAAACGGGACCCCACAGAGACAGACUGUCCGGAAAAGACGCUGGUCAGCUCCUGAACGGGACCAAACUGAAAAAGGGGAGGAUGGACCGCCCCCCUCUCUGCCCAAACCCUCCUUUAUCCCCCAUGACGUCAAAAUCAGCAUCGAGGGACACUCCAGUACAGGAAGUGAACGCUGAUGGGGUUUUUGCUUUUUUCAUUUACUUUCCAGACUACUGUAAUAUAAACUGUAUGUAAUAUAGACAUACAGAACACCUCUUUCUUUCCUAAAAAUCAAAUAUCAAUGGUGAAGUAUACUGGUGUGACUCUAAUGGAGAUAUAUUAUACUCGAGAUCAGUGCAAUCAAUGGGAAAUGGAAGCAGAGUGAAUGUUUGAGUGGAUCUUGUGCUCUGGAGAAGCUAUGUUAAUAAUUUUAUAUUGUUAUUCAAGUGGUGUGGUGGUUCAAACCUUACAAACCAGCUGACCAAUGCAGAAAACAUACUCUUAGUUCAUGUUUCUUUGGCUUAUGAAGAGUGGAGGUCGGAGACUGCUGACUCAUUUUGAAUUUUUCAUUUCUCAUAAUUCUUUAGGAGCAGCUGGUCUGUGCUGUGUGAUAUAUGUGUGUGUGUGUGUGUUUUAUGUUGUGUGCAGUUAGACAAAUCAGAGGAUGUAGCUUCUAGAAAGACUGAUUUAUCAGUAUUUGCAAUUAUUUUAAAUUAGGAUUAUCAAUUAAGAAUUACUUACCCUUUAUUUCGACUAUCAACCUCAAAUCUCUCUCUCUGAUAGAGUUGUUGGGAAUGCCUAAAAAUCAAUGCUUUUUGUGGGUAUAUGCUAUAUCUUAUUUUUCCUAAUACCCCUACUAGACGAUUAAACUACUUGUCUAAUGCAAAACUGUGCAAAAGUUACUGAGAUUAUAGUAAUUUAGUAUCACAUAAUUAGGGAAGGAAUAUCAUAAUCAGCCAUAAUGUCUCCAAAAUGUAAUGUUCUGAUUGGCUGCUCUAUCAAAAUCUGCAGUUAGUAAUGACAAAUCAAAACACAAAAACAUAUCGGUCAACCUCUGGUAGCUUCAGUCUUGGCUAAUACAGCAAAUCAAAACAAUGUUAAACUUUAUAUCCCAUUUUUUUAGACCUAGGCAGGUACACGUGCUGUAUCGAAAACUGGACAAAAGAAAAACAAUCCUAUUUGUAUUAGCUGGACUGAUCAUACUGUAUUUGGCUGACAGAUAUUCGUAAAUUCCUGAAGUGUGUGAGUUGAUCAUGUUGUCAUUUUGUUUUUUAUUUACAGAAUAUAGCCUUAAUAAUGUUUUUUACAGUUACAAUUACUCCGGGUUUUAGGUCGGCUUUUAAACUACCUUCACAUUUGCCUGACCAGUCAAAACAACACGCUUUUACAAUACUUUACAAAGACAGAAAGUAUGAGGGACUGGCUGAUCAGGCAACACUCACAUCCUCAAUUGUGGCAUGCAUUUCUCAAGUUCAUGCCUGUUUUCUCAGCUUGGUAUUUUUAUGUUUCAGUUCGUACUGAGGUCUUUUUAUCAAGUAGAGUAGCACCAAAAAUCUCCUACAGUUCAUACUCAGGAAUAGAGUACGUUUGCGUGUGCAUUUGUGUGUGCAUUUGUGUGCGAGUUUGUGCGUUUUCUGAGCAGCAGCACUUUGUCGUCGGUGGUAGAGAGUCAAAAAUAAAAUGGCAGCGAUGUCCCUUCUCCUCAGCUCUUAAGACUGUUUGAAUUCACUUUACCACUACGUCCUCCUGCGGGUCCAUUUACAAGCAUUAUAAACCAGGACAGGGAAUGUAAACUAUUGGGCAAACUAUUUUUUAUUUUUGAUGAAGGUUAGAGCUAGUUUUGAAAGAAAAUGGGAAAUUUGUAGAGCUAACUAGCCAGCGUGUGUUGAUAUUGUACAGUGAAUUGAUUGUUUAAAGUGUAUAGCAUUACUUUGUAUAGAUAUUCUAACCUUUAUGUAGCCUAUGUACUGUUUAUGUGACAGUGACUUCUUCAAUCAUUCCAUCGCAAUUCAGAAAUGAACUCUGCACUUCUGCGUGUAUUGAUCUCACUAUAUCAUGAAUGUCUCUUGGGAACAUGUCCAUUUAAAACCACACAAUGUAAAGAUAUCAUUAGCCCAAAUAUUACCCACAAUCCCUUUCUCUCUCAAAUGUGUUUUAUCGUGAACCCGACUGUUUCCUGUUUGUGUGGAACUGCUCAGGCUAAACACUGCCCCGUGACUGUUCUCCUCUUAGCUCUUAGGUUGUUGUUACAAUGUAAAACCAAUGCCUCAUCACAAUGUGUUUUCUGUCUUAGUUAAGUUUGGCGGAAAAGUUGAAAUGCGUUAAAGGUGCACUGUGUAACUUUUCUGGUGACCUGCUUUGCCUGCAAUGUUCCACAGCCUGGUAUUAAAGAUCCAUCUAUUUUUUUUUUGCCAAGUAAUAUGUGAAAAAAACAUCCUUUGUUACAGUAAGCAGGCUUGACAGAUCUGACUGUAACUUGGCCUGGUGGCAUCACUGCUUAUUUCCCUCGAGAAGUUUAAUGUAAUUCUUUGGAACAUUCCAGAAAAAUAAAGUAUAUCUAUAUAAAGGUAUUGAGGUGGCAGACCAGAAAAGUUACAUAGUGCCCUUUUUCAUUGUAGGGCUGGGUUAUAUGAUGAUAAAAAUCUAAUAACGAUCUGAUCCCUGUAAACAUAUACUGUUUUGGUGAAAUUGACAUUUACCAUCAGUCGUCUCUGUCAUGCUCUGGGUGAGUGACAGGUGGAUUUAACUAAUCACAAAUCACAAUGAAAUGUGAACUUUCAAGAGAAGACUGUUUUUUAGGGCUGGUUAUCGUUAAGAAGUUGUCGAUGCGAUACAUAUCUUGAUACAUAGGCCACACUAUGAAAUGCUUUUCGAUACAGUGCACUUUCAAUUCAAUACAAUUCGAUAUAUAUUUCAAAUCGAUUCGAUAUGGUUAAGUGAAAAACAAAGGCUAAAUCAUGGCUGUGAAAGUAAAAGUCCAAUAAGUCAACUAAAUUUGUGCAAAGUUAAUAUGAAAAACACCCAUUUUACUCAGAACAGCGAAAAUAUCAACACAAUCGUAGCUCUUACUCAAAAUAAUUUAGUAAAAUAUACCUGAAAGUACUCUCAGCAAUAUCUCGAUACAGCAGUCCUCGAUAUUGAUACUGGAUCAUCAAAUUAAGCGAUACGAUAUAUCGAUAUUUCAAUUUUGCACACCCCUACUGUUUUUAGUUAAGGUUCUAGGAUUAUAUUAAUUCUUUGUCCUAUUGCCCAAUCCUAGGUAAAGAAAAGUUAGUUUGAAGUGGAGGUUUUGCAAACACCAGAAUAGGAAGAGGUCAUUACAAACUUUUGGAAACACAGUGGUUGAAAGUUGUAAAAGUAAUUCAGUUAUCUAGACUUUUAAUAACGCUGUUCGGAGGUGGCCACUCUAAAGGAAGUGAGUGUUGGAUUUGCACUUUGAAUUGUGGGUAAUGGAGUUUAUUGUUUAUUGUACAGCACGACUAAUUGUAAAUAGCCAAAGUCUUCCAUUAUAAUGUUUGUACAGAUCAUCAAAGUGAAUUGUUAUCAGUGUUUCUUUGACAAACUACCGCUUCACUCAAAUGUUUUCUUUCACCAGCUCUGCCCAUCAGGGGAUUUGUAAUUGAGAUCUGUUUAUCUGAUAAAUCUGAAGCUUAGCAUACAUGUAUGUUUUAACAUGUAACGUACAGUAUGUUGUAAGUAUCAAUGAUGUUCCCUUAUGUUGAUGGUGUCGAGGUUUACUAGUCAGAAACUGUUAAAUCUUUACUUCAGAUGUUUGGUUUUGAUCAAAUAUAUUAAAAUAAAGAAUAUAAAGAAA